AUCGAACAUCGAAUGUGCCAGUGUGUAAAAAUAAUUGAAAAAAAAUUUGACGUUCAAAUUGAUUAUAUACCAACACCGGUUUUAAAAGCUCAAAUACAAAAAAAAAAAUUAAAAACAACGUAAAACAAUGGUUGAAAAUAAAAAAGAUAUCGUUGAAGAUGUUGACAUGAAAUCACCUGGUGAAACAUCAACCAACACCGAUUCAUCAGCUAUUGAUGAAGCGGCCAAAAAAAUGGAACGAGAAAAUUUUGUUCUUGAAGAACUACGUGAACAUGCAAAACAGAUUGAAAAAGGUGUAUCGGCCAAAGAACAACGAUUCAUACUUCGUGUACUUCGUUCAUUGAAUGCAACACGUAAGAAUAUCAAUGCCGCCAUUCUACGACGUGUCAUAUCGAUAUUCUAUCAAAGUGUUCCCGAACAGCGACAAACAUUAUUGGCUUAUAUUGAAGAACCGAUGGAUACAGGAACUGGUACGGUGAAAUCGAAACCAAAAUUUUCUGUAUCAUCAUUAUCACCUGAACAAGAUGUCUAUUUUCAUUUGCUUGUAGUACUCUAUCUUCUUGAUCUUCAUAAUUAUAAAAGUGCUAUCACUUGUUCGGAUUCAUUGAUGGCAAAAAUUUGUAAACACAAUCGUCGAACAUUGGAUGUGUUGGCUGCAAAAGCCUAUUAUUAUCAUACACGUUGUUAUGAAUUGAAUGGACAGCUAAAUGAAACGAAAUCAUUUUUUCAUAGCCGUUUACAAACAGCUACCUUACGUAAUGAUUAUGAAGGCCAAGCUGUCCUAUUGAAUUCAUUAUUGCGAAUCUAUUUACAUUAUAAUCUCUAUGAUCAGGCAUCAAAAUUGGUAUCGAAAUCUACAUUUCCUGAAAGUGCAUCCAAUAAUGAAUGGGCUCGAUUUUUCUACUAUUUAGGACGUAUUAAAGCUAUUCAAUUGGAAUAUUCGGAAGCUCGAAAAAAUCUAUUGCAAGCAAUACGUAAAGCACCACAACAAUCGGCUAUUGGAUUCAAACAGAUUGUUCAUAAAUUAGCCAUCACUGUUGAUCUAUUGUUAGGUGAUAUACCGGAACGGGCAAUUUUUCGUGAUCCUACACUUCAUCGUCCAUUAUCACCAUAUUUUCAACUAACACAAGCUGUUCGUACAGGAAAUCUAAAAAGAUUCAAUGAAGUUUUGGAUAAAUUUGGUACAAAAUUUCAAACUGAUCAUACUUAUACGUUGAUCAUACGUUUACGACAUAAUGUCAUCAAAACGGCUAUUCGUAUGAUAAAUCAAUCAUAUUCACGUAUUUAUCUGAAAAAUGUGGCUGAAAAAUUAAUGCUUGACAAUGUUGAAGAUGCUGAAUAUAUUGUUUCGAAAGCAAUACGUGAUGGUGUUAUUGAAGCAACAAUUGAUCAUGAACGUGAAUUUAUGCAAUCAAAAGAAACUACCGAUAUCUAUUGUACAUCGGAACCAUUGAAUGCAUUCAAUAGUCGUAUAUCGUUCUGUUUGGAUAUUCAUAAUCAAUCAGUGAAAGCGAUGCGUUUUCCACCACGAUCAUAUAAUAAAGAUCUAGAAAGUGCUGAGGGUGAAAGACCACCACCACCACCAAAAAUACUAAAACAAAAAGAUUUCGAUUAGAUUCAUACAACAAAACAAACAAACAAAAAAAUUUCCCAGUCUAUGUACAAGACAAACGUGGACGUUCCUUUUUAAAAAAAAAAUUUUGGAUCCUUUUAUUGGACAUGUAUUUCUUGCAAAUUUUCAAUGUGACAAAAUUAAAAAACAAAACAAAACAAACAAAAAA